AAAUGUUACUCGACUUCCUGUUAGUUUAGGUGAGAACGAGAUUGCCCACGAAAGCAGAAAACAGAAGACAGUAUUUUUUCCAUUCAAACAUAUAGGCUCUGUGUUUUCUUUAAAACAUUAAUAUAUUAACUUAAGAUGGGACAAAAUGAAAGUGUUGGAGCGCCUCUGCCACCUCAAGAUAAUGACUUGCCCAAAUGGUACAAAAUAGCUGCCAAAGCAUUCGGGACCGUGGGAUCGUCAAUUGCCUUUGUUCUUGGAGCAGUGGCAUGUAUAACAAUUACUCCAAUGUGUUUAGUAGCAGGCAUCACCCUUAUGACUAUAUCAUUUAUCAUAAUGAUAGUAGAAGCUCCUUGCUGCUGUCCAUGUAUAGAGUUUGCCCAAAAGUGUAGUAAUUUCACAGAUGCAAGGCCACACUGGCAGAAAGCUAUAUCAUAUGGAGUGUUGUCAGUAUUUCCUGUGCUGAUGUGUGCUGAGAUAACCACUAUAUUUGGCUGUGGACUGAUAUUUGUCACAGCUGCUGUUUAUGGGAUGAUGGCCUUGGGGAAAAAGGCUGACAGGGAGACAAUGAGGGCACAGGCAAUUAACUCCAAAGAUGUCGAAAUGCAGGCACAGUUAAUUCAGAAUGACAGUCUUCAGACAACUGAGCCACAAAAUUCUUGAUGACUUGACAUGACUGGACUCACAUACUUGCCAUAGAAACGGCAUGACUUUUUCUCAUAGUUAUUUUUGGAACGUGAAUUGAUGGUGUACUUUGGGGCCGUGUAUAUAGCUGUGACAGAGCGCACAUUCUUACAGUCUUAAUGGAGGUGAAUUCACAUCAGGUGACAACUUAAACCCUUUACUGGCGCCAGUAGACCUGAUUGCUUCAUAUCUUAUAUAUUUUGAAGGUGCAAUGUGAGGCUACUUGUAGGUCUUCUUUUAAAUUUUCAGGUAUAAAGUUAAACCUGAGAGGAAUGGCUGUUACAAAGCUGUUGGAUUGCAGCACUUUAAAAAAUUAAGUGGAGGAAAACAUGCCAGCCUGUUCCGAAAGUUGUGCUUUAUGCAGAGGAUUAUACUAUUGUGGGAAACCCAUUUAAAAUUACGAAGUUCAAUAUUGUGGCUACAAUAAGGAAAUUGCUCACCUGUGAUUUGUGACAGUCACAAGCACUGCUGCUUUAACCAUAUGGACAUUGUAAAUGCUUUGAAUGUUGUGUAAAUGGAGGUAUGAAAUGAAUAGAUGGAAUAUGCAUUUACUUACAUGAGUAGUUGACUUGUUCGUUUAUUAGGCAUCAUUUAGACACUAAAUGGAUGUAGCAGUCAUGUGUGAUCCUUGUAUUUUUCUUUUAUACAAGUAUGAUACACAGCACAAUACUAGGGACUAUAGACUGUUAAUUGUACAUCAGGUGUGAGAGGGUGAUCAAAUGCUUUAUGUGAUAUUUUAAAAAUAAAAAUAGUUCGUUAUGAAAUUCAUAACAUUCCCAGGAGCAUUUUUAUGUGUUCAGCUGUUUGAAUUGAUCAUAGGGAUUAUUUGGGGUAGAAAUGUCCUCAGUUGCUCUGUUUAUAUUUUGACAAGGAUAGGAUUGUAAGAAGGUGCAAAGGAUUUUACAAUUGCCUUGGCGCUGUGAAUAUGACAUUUUAUUUUUUAAUGUGCAAACAAAAGAUUACAUGGUUCUUGGCAAUCCAUGUGGUUCUAGUUAAAACUACAUUUGUAAAAUAUAGUAUUUAUUUAUUGCCAAUUAUGUAUAUAUGUAUGUUAGCUAUCUUAUUUAUUUUAUUAGCAUUCAUGGUCAGUUUGUAUUACUGUUGAAACUUGAAAGGUGUAGACAGGUUGAAAGAUGUUGACGAGUUGAAAAGAGGUAUGAAAACAUAUUUGUUCAAUAUUUAGGAACUGGGUCAUGACCUGUACUUCAAGGGUAAUUGAAUGAAUGAAAUUAUUGGAUUUAUAUCCGCGAGUUUUAGACCUAAUGCAAACCAGCUUCUUCAUAUUUGAAUUUUUCUAUUUUUGCCUGCUAGUCAUACAGAGAUGUUAAAAAGAAGAAGCUGGCAUACAUUGGAACUGAAUCUCAGGGUAUUAUUGUACUGCCUAUUUUUUUUUUUUUUUUUUUAAUUGACACUUAUCAUCAAAAGUCAAUGUGAUAUUGCUGUUCGUACCUUUAAGUGAUGUUUCAUGUGUUAAUCAUAUUGUAUAGUGUACAAAUAUUUGGGAUUAAAAUAAAUAUAAUUUUAUGGGCAAUUUUAUUGUUUUGAUUAAAUCUUAUUAACCUUGUUUAGCAAGUGAAAUAUUCUUUCAAGAAAGUGAGUCUACUCAAAGUAAAAGGUAUUAUGAAAUUGACGCAAUCUUUUCAAUGGGGAGAAAUCGUGACUUUUACAGAUACUGCUUUUUUCAAGUCAUAAAUUCUCAAAGUUAAAACAUUCCUGUUGAGUGGUAGCAACAAAAUUGAAUUAUUCAGAAAUUAUAUAUCCCCAUCAAAAAAGGUGGAGUCAUUAUUGUUCUGACAUGAAACACUAUAACUUUUACUCCAAUUUCAGUACUUUUCUUUUUGAGAGUUCUGUAUUCUUGUACAACUUAAUAAUCAAAAACAUGAUAGGAACAAUAUUUCAAAUACAUUAUUUUAUAAAAAGCCAAUUACAUGUAAAUGUGACAUAUAGAAACCAGGCAAAUGACAAAUGCAGAAAGUGGUAAUUUUAAUUAACAGAUGCUUAUAGGGUUGGGAACUUGCACCUCUGUAUGGGAGUAGUACACUUUUCUUCUCAUGUAUGAAAUUACACCUACCUCUAUGAUAUGACAUAAGAACAUUUUUUUACUUUAUGUUACAUUUGUUUAAUAAAGAAUAAAAUAUAUUCCAUAAUCCCAAUAGCCAAGAACUUCAAUGAGCUAAAUUAAACCAACCGUAAAAAUAAAAUAGUACAAAAAAAGAUUCUCAAUUUUCAGACAAUCAACUCCCUUCUUUACAUGCAGAUUUCUGUUGCCACAGAAUUUGUAUCAACACAUUUUGAAAUCUACAUUGCUGGCAAGACUACAGACACUAUGUAUCAGUAACAUAAUUCAUUUUUUAUU